CAUUAGAAUUGUUUUAGACAACUAAUUAACAUGAAGUCAAUAAUAUCCUCUGCAGCAAAAUCUCUGCUUCUUUCACCCAUCAAACGCUUCGUUAAUAACGACUUUCAUGAAAUCUUUGACCGUAUGACACUCAUCGACAAGCUUCUCUUCUUGAUCAUUCAUGCUGUGGAUAAGUCGGGGAUCGGGUGGCAUCGGUUACCUGUGUUCUUAGGGCUUGCUUACUUGGGUAUUCGUCGUCGUCUUCACGACGGGUACAGUUUGAUCAACGUUGGGAAAGCUCCAAAAGAUGACAGGGUGGUUGGGUCUAAUAGUAGUAAGGUGGUCCCAAUAUUCAGAACGGCCAACGGUGAGUACAAUGAUCCCACAAAUGAAGAUGUGGGUAGUCAAGGAACUUUCUUGGGCCGGAACAUGCGCCCCGUUGAUCAGCAAGAUAAGUUGUUGAAGCCAGAUCCCAUGGUGGUGGCAACAAAGCUUCUAGCACGCAAACAAUUUAUAGACACCGGAAAACAGUUCAACAUAAUUGCCGCUUCAUGGAUUCAAUUCAUGAUUCAUGAUUGGGUCGAUCAUCUCGAGUCAACAAAACAGAUUGAGCUAAAAGCACCUGCUGAAGUAGCUAAUGAAUGCCCUCUCAAAUCCUUCAAGUUCUUCGAGACCCAAAAAGUUGAUACCGGUUCUUAUGACAUUAAGAAAGGCCAUCUUAAUAUGAGAACUCCUUGGUGGGAUGGGAGUGUAGUGUAUGGAAGCAAUUCAAGUAACGAGAAAAAUGUGCGAACAUUCAAAGAUGGAAAGCUCAAGAUUGCGAAAGACGGCCUCCUCCAACACGACAAUAACGGAAUGCCCAUAGCCGGUGACACUCGUAAUAGUUGGAUCGGUGUAUCGUCGUUACAAGCUCUCUUCAUCCACGAGCACAACGCCAUUUGUGACACCUUAAAGGAAGAAUAUCCCGAUUUGAAUGAUGAAGCUCUCUACGGCUACGCAAGACUAGUAACUUCUGCAGUGAUUGCUAAGAUCCACACCAUCGAUUGGACUAUCGAGCUUCUCAAGACCGACACCCUUGUUGCUGGAAUGAGAAUCAACUGGUAUGGGAUGUUGGGGAAAAGAUUUAAGGACACAUUCGGGCAUGUUGGAGGCGCCGUUUUGGGAGGUCUUGUAGGGUUGAAGGAACCCAAUAACCAUGGGGUACCCUACUCGCUCACCGAAGAGUUUACAAGUGUGUAUAGAAUGCACUCUUUAUUGCCUGAUCAACUUCACAUCAUGGAUGUCAAUUCAACACCAGGCCCAAACAAGUCCCCAAAAUUAUCUAAAAAGAUUGACAUGAUCAAUUUGAUUGGGAAGGAUGGAGAAAAAGAGUUAUCAGAAAUUGGGUUUACAACACAAAUGGUAUCAAUGGGACAUCAGGCAUGUGGGGCACUUGAGCUAUGGAAUUAUCCAGUGUGGCUCAGGAACAUUGUGCCUCAAAACGUCGACGGUACAGAUCGCUCUGACCAUAUCGACUUAGCAUCACUCGAUAUUUAUAGGGAUAGGGAGAGGAGUGUAGCUAGAUACAAUGAGUUUCGUAGAUCACUUUUCUUGAUCCCGAUUUCUAAAUGGGAAGACCUAACGGACGAUAAAGAAGCUAUUGACACGUUGCGUGAAGUGUAUGAUGAUGACGUGGAACAACUUGAUCUGUUGGUGGGAAUGGCGGCCGAGAAAAAGAUCAAAGGAUUCGCUAUUAGUGAGACAGCUUUUACAGUUUUCCUCUCUAUGGCUUCAAGGAGACUCGAGGCAGAUAGGUUUUUCACAAGUAAUUUCAAUGAAAAUGUGUACACGAAAAAGGGAUUCGAGUGGGUGAACACAACCGAGAGUUUGAAAGAUGUCUUGGAUCGGCAUUACCCAGAUAUGACCAGUCGAUGGAUGAACUCAACCAGUGCUUUUUCGGUGUGGAAUGCUACACCAGAACCUCAUAAUCCUGUACCCAUUUAUCUUCGUUUCCCCAAAUGAUAACAUAUCUUCGAUCAUGUACCGUAGAACCAUAUAAUGCAUAUAUCCGUCCGUGUGUAUGAUUGAACCAUAUAAUGCAUAUAUCCAUCCGUGUGUAUGAUAAGAAUGUUUGAGAAGAAACACAUUAUGUAAAUCCAUUAUUUUAAUUAUUUUUAU